CUUUUCUCCAAGCUUUGUGGCCGCUUAUCUCUCUCCGGAAGUCGGCUCUCUCUCUUCUCUUUCUAGGGCUUCGGCCAUCUCUCCAUCUUUUAGUUAUUGGGCCGGGUCUGAUUAAUGACAAUCCACUCCAUGGUAACAAUUUAUAACAAGACAAUCUAACCUCUUAGCAUUUUCCUUAAAUUUUAAAUUGUUCCAAAGUUAUAGUUAGGAUUUCUUCCCCAGGUUUAUGUUCUCUCAUAUGAAAACCGAUAUGGGUCCUACAUAAAGCAUUGAAGCCCAAUAAAAUGGGUUUUUAGGCCUAAAUUUGUUUGAAAGCCGAAAAGAUGUUGAGUGAUGUCGAGAGGAGAGAUGCAGAUCCCAUUGACCUUGGAGUUUGUUUGUUUGUUAGUGUCAACACGUGCGACCCACGUGAAAACUCUCCCUUUCCAGCUUCGUGCUUUGUCUCCUCCUGCGUCUCUCUCACUCUCUCGUUUUCUCUGCCAAAAUCUUUUGACAAUUGAUCCCUGUCUCGUCGGAAACAUACAAAUCUCGAGUAUCUCUCUGCAGCGGAGUAGAAUUUAAAAAUGUGGAAGGAGGAAUCGUUGGAUUUAGUACUAGUGCCGGCGGGUCUCGCCGUGAUGGUCGCUUACCAUGUCUGGCUCGGCUACACCAUUAUCCACCGUCCCAAGCUCACCGCUAUCUCCCUCAACGCUGAAUCUCGAAGACUAUGGGUCUUCGCUAUGAUGGACGAUCCGAUGAAAAACGGUGUAUUGGCAGUACAGACAAUCAGGAACAACAUAAUGGCAUCAACCGUUUUAGCCACAACAGCAAUCACUCUCUGUUCCAUCAUCGGCGUCUUCGUAAGCAGCAACUCCCCUUCGGAAUCCACAGCGUCGCCUAUGAUAUACGGCAACAAAAGCCCUCUCCUUGCAACCAUCAAGAACUUCUCGAUCCUCAUCUGUUUCCUCAUGGCCUUUCUCUGCAACGUCCAGUCCAUCAGGUACUACGCCCACGUUAGUUUCCUAGUCACCGUGCCCGUCUCCAGAGGGGAAAAAGAGCACUGCGAGUACGUGGCUAGGAACCUGAACCGAGCUCUCUACUUCUGGUUCCUCGGGUUGAGGGCUUUCUACUUCUCCUUCCCGCUCUUCCUGUGGAACUUUGGUCCCAUCCCCAUGUUUGUGUGCUGUUGUAUGAUGUCCUCGAUUUUGUAUUUCUUGGACACGACCACUUCUUUUACUAGGCGUCUCCACAGCCAGUCGUUUAGAGAAACUGCUGAGUCGAUGGAUGGUGAAAUCGAAUCAGUGGUUCAUGCUCUCUAGAUUCUUCUCUGAUUCUUUUGUUGUGUGUUGGUUGUUCGUUGAGGUUCUAGAGAUAUUUUGCGGAAUGUUUUUGAAAUGUGAUGGAAAAACUUGGGCUGCGAUUGUUUGUUUGCGUUUUCAUGUAACAAUGAUUAGAAGAUUAUCAUAUGAAAACGCAAACGCUUAUGUAAACGCAAAUAAACAAUCGAGAAUAAUACUUUUGUAUGUACUCUGUAGAAUGUAGUCUAUGUAAUUUCAGUGGCCCUGAUGCCUAUUGCAAAUUUGCAAUGCCUGCUAAAUGAAUCAAAGAAGUAUCACAAUGCAAGUUGGUAAAUGUACUCUCAAGUGUUGCAUAUGACAACCUAUAUUGGUCUAUACAUGCGCAACAUAAAAGCUCAAAAC